AGUGAUUUAAUCAAAGUUUGUUACCCUUUUUAUUCACAUCUAAAUCAAUUUGCUGUCAUUUAAUUACUAACAAUUCAACAACCCUUAUCUUAACCAAGUAAGCCAUGUUGUUUAAUUAAAAUGUAUUGUAAAUAAAAAAAUUAAAUGUACAUUGUAUCCUAAAUAAACACGACAAUGACUGUAUAAUCCGUUCACUUCGUACAAAAGUCAAAAAAGAAAACAUCAAAUUUACAAAAUGCAUAAUAAAGCUCUUUGUAAUAAGCAUCAGUGAAGUUCUCAUGCAGGCAGCUGUAAUGAUUUGUCACGACCACUAGAGGGGCGCUGUGGUGCUGUCCACGUCUCGAGCUGACGACCUGAUAGCCUUAACCAAACAAUUAAGAGAUAUUUCCGUUAGUGUCAACUCAAGAAAUAUCCUUUAAUUGUAAGGUGAAGGUUAUCACUUCUCAUCGUAUACGCAGGCUCCAUUCAGAGAGGCAAGUAUGCAAGAUUAAGAAGAAACGUGACUUCAGUAGGCUAUGUUUUUCUGUCAUGAAGAUUCAGAAUUCGUAUUCAAGUCGUUCUCCACACCUAUUGUCCAUAUUGAUAGUGCGGAGUUUCAAUGAUAAAACGCGUAAAAAACAACACAGAUCAAUGAUUUUGAUGUUGAUAGCACCAUUCAGUCACUGUUGCAGUCUGGCAAUCACCCACUUGCUUUCCUUGCGCUUCCAUGCUCCAUUCAUUUCCAACGUGUGCAAAAUAUCCGAUAGACGAAGCGCGCGCGAUUGCUUUCUCUUCUGAUUCACGUGGAGUCGCUGCUUGUGUGGCUGGGGAACUUCAGAAAUUUUGCACAGUCCCUGGCAUAACUUUUCUUUCCCAACAAUAUCCAGUUUUCACAUUGGGAAAAAUAGUUCAGUUGGUAUCAGUGAAGGAAUUCUGCUUGUUGGUGGUCGUCUGAAGUUCACGCGCUCAGGGUUGUGAUACACCUGCUGCCGUCACUUCGCUGUAGUUCCGGCGACUCUCUCCGGCGCGAGCAAAUUUCAUUUCUCCGUGGCUUUUGCCGUACCGUUCGGAUCUUUGGAUUUUUCAGUCACGUGAUGGAGCGAAGCGAGAAAGACUGCGCGCUUUGAGAGAGUGCGCGUGUAUGUGGAGAGAGAGAGAGAAGGGGGGGGGGUCUCUCUGCGCUGCAGUUAGCGGUAUCCAAACCAUACUGAGAACUGGAACGCACGGACCCGUUGCUUUGCCUCUGACCGUGGUACCCCCGUCGUCUCCCUCGCUCUCUCUUUCCGCCCUACCCCUCCUUUUCUGCUUUCCUUCCCUUGAGAGCUUCUUUUCCCCGCGAAUAUCCUUUCUCACUUUCAAUUUUAAUAGAUCUCGGAGAAAGAUAGAAGCGACGCACCCGUGAUCUCCUCUUGAUCUACAUCACUGUGGUCAUUCACGCGCAUUUUCUCUCACUCUCUCUGGAACUGUAUUUUUGGACCGCCGUGGACGCGUGGAUGAUACACCGGGGCGAGAACCGGAGAUGGAGUUGCUCGUGAUCAGCCUCUCCUUAUGGAUCCUGCAGUGCCGCUUAGCUCGCGCGGACUCCAUUAUCCACAUCGGUGCAAUAUUUGAACAGAACGCUAUACGGGACGAUGAGGUUUUUCAGCUGGCGAUUUCAGAUCUGAGUUUGAACGACGACAUCCUCCAGAGCGAGAGGAUUACCCAUUCCAUCAAACUAAUCGAGCCCAAUAACCCCUUCCAGGCGGUACAAGAAGCCUGUGAGCUCAUGAAUCAAGGGAUCUUGGCGUUGGUGUCGUCUACAGGCUGUGCCGCAGCCAAUGCACUUCAGUCGCUCACAGAUGCCAUGCACAUUCCUCACCUGUUCAUCCAGAGGAACGGAGACGGCACGCCACGUGCCGAGUGUCCGUUGAACCCCAGCCCUGACGGAGAGCGCUACACGCUGGCCGCUCGCCCUCCAGUGCGCCUAAAUGACGUCAUGAUCACGCUCGUCUCUGAGCUGCGCUGGCACAAGUUUAUCAUCUUCUAUGACAGCGAGUAUGAUGUCCGUGGACUGCGGGGAUUUCUGGACCAGGCGUCCCGAAUGGGUUUGGACGCGUCUCUGCAGCAGGUUGACCGGAACGUGACAAAGGUCUUUUCCACGCUGUUCAGCACCAUGAGAAUGGAGGAGCUUAACCGUUACCGAGACACGCUCAGACGGGCCAUCCUGCUGCUAAGUCCUCGCACUGCCCAGGUGUUCAUAAACCAGGCAGUGGAAACAAAUCUGGCAUCCAAAGAUAGUCACUGGGUGUACGCCAAUGAGGAGGUGAGUGACACCGAGAUUAUGGAGCUUGUCCACAGCGCUCUGGGACGAAUGACGGUGAUCAGGCAGAUCUUCCCACUGUGGAGAGACACCAACAUCCGCUGCAUGAGGAAUAACCAUCGCAUCUCUUCGCUGCUGUGUGACCCACAGGAGGGCUAUCUGCAGUCUCUGGAGGUGUCUAGCCUGUACUUGUACGACAGCGUGCUGAUGUUGGCCAAUGCCUUCUACAGAAAGUUAGAGGACCGAAAGUGGCACAGCAUGGCUAGUUUAAACUGCAUGAGGAAGUCAACCAAGCCCUGGAAUGGAGGGUGGUCCAUGUUGGACACCAUUCAAAAGGGACGAAUUUCUGGCCUCACUGGCUUAAUGGACUUCCGUAGCAAUGGUGCAAACUCGCACGUUCAGUUUGAGAUCCUGGGGACCAGUUACAGCGAGACGUUUGGAAAAGACGUAAAACGGCUGGCAACGUGGGACUCCGAUCGCGGGCUGAAUGGGAGUCUGAGGGAGAACCGAGCUGAACAAGGCAUGCAAGGAAUAACUCUGAAAGUGGUGACCUUAUUGGAGGAGCCUUUCAUAAUGGUGGCUGAAAACAUCCUUGGCCAGCCAAAACGAUACAAGGGCUUUUCUAUAGAUGUUCUGGAUGCCCUGGCAAAGGUUUUGGGAUUUAAGUAUGAAAUAUAUCAAGUGGCUGAUGGGAAAUACGGAUCUCAUCAGGCCAACGGCUCGUGGAACGGAAUGAUCGGAGAACUGAUCGGGAAGAGGGCAGAUGUGGCUAUUUCGGCCAUCACCAUCACUCCUGAGCGAGAGAACGUUGUUGACUUCAGUAAACGAUAUCUGGAUUAUUCGGUGGGAAUUCUAAUGAGCAAAGCAGAAGAGAGACUGAACAUCUUCUCCUUGCUGGCACCGUUUGACCUGGCCGUGUGGGCCUGUAUCGCCGCUUCCAUUCCUGUGGUGGGUGUCAUGGUCUUUUUGCUCCGUCGCAUCCAGUCUGUCCGCUCCCAGAAUCCUCCUGGCUCUCUUCAGCCUGCUUCUGCCACCACAUCUUUCCAAAGUGCCAUCUGGAUCGUCUAUGGAGCCUUUGUACAGCAAGGUGGCGAGUCAUUCAUGAGUUCAGUGGCUCUCAGGAUUGCAAUGGGAAGCUGGUGGCUGUUUACCCUCAUCGUCUGUUCAUCCUACACAGCCAACCUGGCAGCCUACCUCACAGUUUCUCGCAUGGACAAUGCUAUUCGAACGUUCCAAGACCUUUCUAAGCAGACAGACUUGAGCUAUGGGACGGUGAGAGAUUCAGCUGUGUACGAUUACUUCAGGGUGAAGGGCACGAACCCCCUGGAGCAAGACAGCACUUUCGCAGAGCUAUGGAGGACUAUCAAUAAAAACCAGGGACAGGACAACUCUGUGAACUCUCCCACUGAAGGAAUCCGCAAGGUGAAAAGGGAUUCGUACGCCUUCUUGUGGGAUAUGGCGGUGCUGGAGUACGCAGCGUUGACGGAUGACGAUUGCACGCUGGUGGUCACGGGGAACGGCAUGAGCAGUAAAGGAUACGGCCUGGCUCUGCAACACGGCAGCCCAUACAGAGACCUCUUCUCUCAAAAGAUACUUGACUUGCAGGAGAAGGGGGACAUUGAUAUUCUGAAGCAGAAAUGGUGGCCACGAAAAGGUCGCUGCGACCUGGACAAGCAAGCAGAAGCCCAGCCGGAGGGCCGAUCGCUGAGACUACACAGCUUCGCCGGGGUCUUCUGCAUCUUAGCGGCGGGGCUGCUGUUAGCCUGCCUGGUGGCCGCGCUGGAGUCUUGGUGGAAAGGCCCACGCUGCCAGCGGGCGCAGCCCAAAGAGGACAAAGAGGUGAAUCUGGAACAGGUUCACCAACGUUUGACUGGGCUUAUGGAGGACGAUCUAGCGCACAAGCAGCUACCGGGUCAGUCUCUGGAGAUCUCUGCCCUGGACAUGGGCAGCAUGCGGCCGCAGCAGAGCUCUCAGGAAGCCAUGAGAGAUUUCAACCCUGGGGCCCUGUCCGUGACCUCGUUCCUCCAGGAGGGUCCUGGAAUCGGCCGCGUGCCCGGACGGAGCCUCCCCCUCCCUCUCAGCAGUUCAACUCUGCCCCCCUCCAUGCGUUGCAAACACCGGGCACCCAACGGAGGCCUUUUCCGCCAGAGCCCCGUAAAGACUCCUAUGCCCAUCUCUUACCAGGCAGUGCCCGGGGGACCCAUCCCAGAAGCCAUUGAUCCAAGCCAUGGGACCUCUAUUUGAUCUGACCAAUCACAUUGUUCUAAAGACAACAGGAAGUCUGGACCAGGUCUGGGUGCAUUUAUACUAUUGCAUACGUAAAAAGGAAUAUUGAGAUCUUUUUAUUUCAGUACAGAAGAUAAAACAUAUGACUGUGAGUAAAGAGACGCUGACUUUCCUUGACUGUACAUAUUUGUAUAUAACGAGAGACGGCGGUGAAGUCAAAGUGUAUUUUGAAUAUUCAUGAUUUUUUUGAAGUUGAGUUUAAAAGAAGUAACUUACAUAAAAAUACAGACUGUUUGAAUGGCUUUGUAAAUUUUGUUCUAAAAUAAAA